AUGAUCCCUGAUGUGUGUCUGAUGAUCCCCGAUGUGUGUCUGAUGAUCCCUGAUGUGUGUCUGAUGAUCCUUUAUGUGUGUCUGAUGAUCCCAGAUGUGUGUCUGAUAAUCCCUGAUGCAUGUCUGAUGAUCCCCGAUGUGUGUCUGAUGAUCCUUUAUGUGUGUCUGAUGAUCCCAGAUGUGUGUCUGAUAAUCCCCGAUGCAUGUCUGAUGAUCCCAGAUGUGUGUCUGAUAAUCCCCGAUGCAUGUCUGAUGAUCCCCGAUGUGUGUCUGAUUAUCCUUGAUGUGUGUCUGAUGAUCUCCGAUGUGUGUCUGAUGAUCCCAGUUGUGUGUCUGAUGAUCCCUGAUGUGUGUCUGAUGAUCCCAGUUGUGUGUCUGAUGAUCCCAGUUGUGUGUCUGAUGAUCCUUGAUGUGUGUCUGCAGCUGCAGCAGGAGCUGUUGGAGCGAGGUCAACACGGGGUCAUCUGCCUCGAGGACCUGAUCCAUGAAAUCUUCUGCGUCGGGAAAAGUUUCCGCGUCGCCAACAACUUCCUGCAGCCGUUCAAACUGUCGGUGGCUCGACACGCCGCCAGAGACAAGGCCGGGCUCCUGAAGGACCUGGGGGCCCCGGGGUUCCGCAGCGUGGACAUUAACACCAUCAUCAGACAACUGAACUGA